AUUAUUUCAACACCAAAUUACAGUCACACUACACAUUUGAUAUCAAAUGUUUUAACUUCCAACAAUCAUUUUCCCUUAAUAACUCCCUUCUUCAUCCCCAAAACUACAUUACAACACAAUUGUUGAAACCGUCGCAAUAACCAACCAGUUAUCUAAUUCUCAUCUUCAGGUACCCUUCACCUACGUCUCCAUCAUGUCUCACGCUUCUUCCAUCUUCACUCUUCUCAGUCCAACAUUUCUCUCUUAACAAGCAUUUCUAUAAUUCUCAUCCAUUGCUCAGAGAAGAUAGAACAAGAAAAAGAAGAGAUUUUGAUUCGACCCAUGUGAGCCCAGAACGUUAAACUCCAGAUCUGAAACCAAAGAUACAAACUUUCGUCUCUAGAAACUCAAAUGCUCAAAAGGGGUAUCUCAUAAUUCAUCACAAUUUUCAAAGAUCAACCAACACGAUGGGUGGGGGAAGAGUCAAAAACAACAACCCCACGAAUGUUUCAAUGGAUCACGUGCUUGAGGCUUUAGGUGAAACGAAAGAAGAAAGGGAUAUUCGAAUUCGGAGCCUGUUCAAUUUCUUCGAUGCCGGGAACAAUGGGUACUUGAAUUAUGGUCAGAUAGAGACAGGGCUAUCGGCAUUGCAAAUUCCAGGAGAGUACAAAUACGCGAGGGAGCUUUUCAAGGUUUGUGAUUCGAACAGCGACGGUAGGGUUGAUUACAAUGAGUUUCGUCGGUAUAUGGAUGCUAAGGAAUUGGAACUUUACUGCAUCUUUCAAGCGAUUGAUGUGGCACAUAAUGGUAGUAUUCUUCCUGAAGAGCUUUGGGAUGCACUUGAUAGGGCUGGGAUUGAAAUGGAUGAAGAGGAGCUUGCUCGUUUCGUGGAGCAUGUUGACAAAGACAAUAAUGGAACUAUCACUUUUGAAGAAUGGAGAGAUUUUCUUCUACUUUACCCUCACGAAGCAACUAUCGAAAAUAUAUAUCACCACUGGGAGAGAGUGUACCAAGUAGACAUCGGAGAUCAAGCUGUCAUUCCUGAAGACAUUAGCAAGCACGCUCACCGGAGCAAAUAUUUUAUUGCUGGAGGAAUAGCAGGCGCUACGUCGCGUACAGUUACUGCUCCUCUCGAUCGUCUGAAGGUGGUCUUGCAAGUCCAAACUACACGUUCUUCCGCCAUGUCAGCAGUUACGACAAUAUGGAAGCAAGAUAGGUUAAGGGGUUUUUUCCGAGGUAAUGGGUUGAACGUUGUGAAGGUAGCACCAGAAAGUGCCAUCAAAUUCUAUGCUUUUGAAAUGUUGAAAAAUGUAAUUGGAGAUGCUCAAGGCAACAAGUCCGAUAUCGGUGCUGCUGGGAGGCUUUUAGCAGGUGGCGUGGCUGGUGGAAUUGCUCAGACUGCAAUCUAUCCAUUGGAUCUUAUCAAAACUAGGUUACAAACUUGUGCCUCUGAAGGUGGAAGAGCUCCUAAUCUUGGAACACUCACAAAGAAUAUAUGGAUUCAAGAGGGGCCUCGAGCUUUCUACCGAGGACUUCUUCCGUCUGUGAUCGGCAUGAUUCCUUAUGCUGGCAUUGAUCUCGCCGUUUAUGAUACCUUGAAAGAUAUGUCCAGGAGAUAUAUUAUUCACGAUAAUGAUCCUGGUCCUCUAAUACAACUAGGAUGUGGAACAAUUUCUGGAACCCUUGGAGCUACUUGUGUCUAUCCGCUGCAGGUUAUUCGUACUAGGCUGCAGGCACAACCGUCAAACAGUUCCGAUGCGUACAAGGGGAUGUUUGAUGCAUUUUGCAGAACUUUUCAGCAUGAAGGCUUUAGAGGUUUCUACAAAGGACUCCUUCCAAAUCUACUGAAAGUUGUGCCAGCUGCUAGCAUUACUUACAUGGUCUAUGAAAGGAUGAAGAAAAAUCUCGAUCUAGAGUAGAGUCUAUAUAUUACCUGGUUUUCGUACACGCAUCUAGCUACGUUAAGUGUUGACUUAGCUUGUCCUUAUGGUACUUCCAGUUAGCUUUGAAUAUCUACAUUGUAGGUAAAGUGUUCUUAUCCUAGUAGACUAUACCUCAUGGUUGAGCUAUUAUAGUUAUUUUUUCGAUGUAAUUGAGCUAAUACAGAAUACUUAGCAAAUCUUGCAUUGUUGAUGACGGCGAUAAAAAAUAUGUAUUAUUAGUCCUUUAAGGCAAAUAUUAAUUCCUUCUGUGAUCUUCAAACAUUAUUUUCUAGUAAGAAACAUGGGAAGCAUUUUCUCA